AUGCGUUCUUCUCGUGGGAGCCGAAUGGCUAUCGACUCUCUGUUGAACCCUUCAGAUGGCAAUGAGUCGCCCAAACCCCGGAUGCAAGAUGUCCGGCACCCACCGCAAUACUCGCCUCACUAUCCCCCCAGUCCUAGCCACUACUACUAUUACACCACCACUGCUACCACCCACUACCCAGAUAACCGCCACUCUUAUGCAGAGGGUACUGCGGCAUCACCUCAAGACCACAUGUAUCUCUCCUAUCGACCACGAUCAACCGACUCCUCACCGGACCCGUACUCGCGGGACCGCUACGACUCGGUGUCCAGCAGCUCCAGCAAUGCCGCUGAGCGCCGUCGACCCCCGCGUCCCAAGUACGAAGAGGAAGAGAUGUACUUCAUCUGGUACCACCGGGUCGACCUCGGCCAGGAGUGGAAGGAAGUCCGCGAGUGCUUCAACCACCAGUUUCCCAGUCGCCAACGUCGUGGCUUCCAGGGAAUCCAGUGCAAAUUCUACCGCUUCAUCAAGGAGAAGAAGUGUCCCACGCUUCGUGAACAACGGCGCAUGCGUGACGGCGAAUUCCUCCGCGAGCCCUCGACAAAUCUGGUCGAGAGUAACGCGCCUAAAUUCGGCGUGGUUGAAUGGGCUGGUGUGUGGUUUCCAUGGAUGCGAGAGAGCAAAGAACAAGUUCUCAGACAUGCUCCGCGGAUGACAAUGUGA